AGUAGUAGACCAUGGUAGAUUUGUUCAUAGGUCGUUCAUUAGUAUGUAACAACAGAGAUCGUGUUGAGUACGAUACGGAACGUGAAGUCAUCCACCGUCUCCAGAACCGGAUCCUGCUCCUGUUCUUCGGUUCCGCAGACUGCCAACGGUGCCAGGAGUUCGUCCCCACGCUUAAGGUAAACACACACUCACAAGCACACAUAUACGCACGCAUUGACUCACUUGUCAGCCUAUAUUUCUCUCUCUCUCUCUCUCUCUCUCUCUCUCUCUCUCUCUCUCUCUCUCUCUCUCUCUCUCUCUGUAACGCAGGGAGUCAGGAAGCAGGUGCAGUUAGUGAGUUUAAUAAUAACGAACGUAGACCGAUACAAAACAAGAGACGCGUCUGACAUGGAAAUAUAACCAAUACUACCUGAUGACUAGUAACAAAAGAGUGCUAUAUGAAGGGUAAGUAAUCAGGGAGUAAUGAAGUCCAGGUGUGACUGAUGAUGAGACGCAGGUGUGCGUAAUGGUGGUUGCCAGGUGUGCGUAAAGAUGGGUUGCCAGGACUGGUGGUUAGUAGACCGGCGACGUCGAAGGCUGGAGGGGAGGAGCGGGAGUAGACUUGACACUUUUUCUUUCUUUCUUUCUUUCUUUCUUUCUUUCUUUCUUUCUUUCUUUCUUUCUUUCUUUCUUUCUUUCUUUCUUUCUUUCUUUCUUUCUUUCUUUCUUUCUUGCUCUUUCUCUUUGCCAAUUAAAGUAUUAUAAAAAUCUAAUAUCUCUCCUCCCUCUAAUUCCUUCCACUUUCCUCCCCCCCCCUCUACCCCCUCCCCUUAGGACUUCUUCAAGCGUCUAACUGAUGAGUUCUACGUGGAACGCUCCGCCCAGUUGGUCCUUCUAUACAUCAGCCUGGACCAAUCAGAGGAGCAGCUGGAGAGCCUCCUCAAAGAGCUGCCCAAGAGAUGCCUGUUCCUAACCCACGAUGACCCCUAUCGCAGGUAUGGAUGGAUAGGGUUGGGUGGGGAGGAUGGGUUUGGGGAAGGUGGGGAGAAUGGGGUGGGGUUGGGGAGGGUGGGGAGAACGGGGUGGGGUUGGGGAGGAUGGGGGAAAGGGGUUGGGAAGGGUGAAGAGGAUGCGGUUAGGGAGGGUGUGUGUGUAUGUUGCAUGUAUAACGCCUGUAUAACAUGUCUGUUGUGUGUGUGUGUGUGUGUUUGUGUGUGUGUGUUUGUGUGUUUGUGUGUGUGUGUGUGUGUAUAGAGUGGAGGUGUAUAUAAAUGUACUAUAAUGUGUAUGUGUGUAUAUAAACACGUGUGUGUAUGACAAACUUGUGUGUGUUUAGUGUGUUGUUUGUGUGUGUGUGUGUGUGUGUGUGUGUGUGUGUGUGUAUAGAGUGAGUGUGUAUAUAUAAUGUAUAUAUAAUGUGUAUGUGUGUGGGUGUGUAUAAAACGUGUGUGUAUGACAACUUGUGUGUGUGUGUGUGUGUGUGUGUGUGUGUGUGUAUAGAGUGAGUGUGUAUAUAUAAUGUAUAUAUAUAGUGGUAUGUGUGUGGGUGUGUAUAAAACGUGUGUGUAUGACAACUUGUGUGUGUGUGUGUGUGUGUGUGUGUGUGUGUGUGUGUGUGUGUGUGUGUGUGUGUGUGUGUGUGUGUUUGUGUGUGUGUGUGUGUGUGUCAGAGAGCUGGAGUCUAUGUUUGAGGUGGAGGACCUACCAAGGGUUGUGGUGCUGCGUCCAGACUGUUCUAUUCUGUCUCCCAACGCUGUCUCUGAGAUAAACAGCCUCGGAACCGACUGCUUCCACAACUGGCAGGUGUGUGUGUAUAAUGUGAGCGUGUGUGUAUUGUAUGUUUGUGUUACAAGUGCAUUUAAAGUGUGUGUGUGUGUAUAUAUAUAUAUAUAUAUAUAAAACGUGUGUGUAUAAUGUGCGUGUGUGUUUUAUAACAAUGUUUGUGUAUAACAAUGCAUGUGUGUACAACUUGUGUGUAUAAUAUUGUGUGUGUGUGUAUGUAACGUGUGUAUGUUUGUGUGUAUAACGAUGUGUGUGUGGGGUGUGUGUGUGUGUGUAUACUGUGUGUGUGUUAAUGUAUAUAAUGUGUGUGUAACAAUAUCUUUGUAUGUAUACACUACCGUUCAAAGGUUGGGGUCACUUAGAAAUGUCCUUGUUUUCCAUGAAAACAUACAUGAAAUGAGUUUGAAUAGGAAAUAUAGCAAAAUGAAUAGGAAAUGUGGUCAUUGACAAGGUUAGAAAUGAUGAUUUUUAAUUGAAAUAAUAAUUGUGUCCUUCAAACUUUGCUUUCGUCAAAGAAUCCUCCAUUUGCAGGAAUUACAGCCUUGCAGACCUUUGGCAUUCUAGUUGUCAAUUUGUUGAGGUAAUCUGAAGAGAUUUCACCCCAUGCUUCCUGAAGCACCUCCCACAAGUUGGAUUGGCUUGAUGGGCACUUCUUACGUACCAUACGGUCAAGCUGCUCCCACAACAGCUCAAUAGGGUUGAGAUCCGGUGACUGUGCUGGCCACUCCAUUAUAGACAGAAUACCAGCUGACUGCUUCUUCCCUAAAAAGUUAUUGCAUAGUUUGGAGCUGUGCUUUGUGUCAUUGUCCUGUUGUAGGAGGAAAUUGGCUCCAAUCAAGCACCAUCCACAGGGUAUGGCAUGGCAUUGCAAAAUGGAGUGAUAUCCUUCCUUCUUCAAGAUCCAUUUUAUCCUGUACAAAUCUCCAACUUUACCACCACCAAAGCACCCCCAGACCAUCACAUUGCCUCCACCAUGCUUGACCGAUGGCAUCAAGCACUCCUCCAGCAUCUUUCAUUUGGUCUGCGUCUCACAAAUGUUCUUCUUUGUGAUCCGAACACCUCAAACUUCGAUUUGUCUGUCCAUAACACUUUUUUCCAAUAUUCCUCUGUCCAGCGUCUGUGUUCAUUUGCCCAUCUUAAUCUUUUAUUUUUAUUGGCCAGUCUGAGAUAUGGCUUUUUCUUUGCAACUCUGCCUAGAAGGUCAGCCUCCCGGAGUUGCCUCUUCACUGUUGACGUUGAGACUGGUGUUUCGCGGGUACUAUUUAAUGAGGCUGCCAGUUGAGGACCUGUGAGGCUUCUGUUUCUCAAACUACACACUCUAAUGUAUUUGUUCUCUUGCUCAGUUGUGCACCGGGGCCUCCCACUCCUCUUUCUAUUCUGGUUAGAGCCAGUUUGCGCUGUUCUGUAAAGGUAGUACACAGCGUUGUACAAGAUCUUCAGUUUCUUGGCAAUUUCUUGCAUGGAAUAGCCUCCAUUUCUCAGAACAAGAAUAGACUGACGAGUUUCAGAAGAAAGUUAUUUGUUUCUGGCCAUUAUGAUUAUGUAACCUCCCGAGUGGCACAGUGGUCUAAGUGGGCCAGUAUGAAAAAUAAAAAAAAUAAUGUAUGCACUCACUAAUUGUAAGUCGCUCUGGAUAAGAGCGUCUGCUAAAUGACUAAAAUGUAAAUGUAAUCGAACCCACAAUUGCUGAUGCUCAAGAAGGCCAAUUUUAUUGCUUCUUUAAUCAGCACAACAGUUUUCAGCUGUGCUAACAUAAUUGCAAAAGGGUUUUCUAAUGAUCAAUUAGCCUUUUAAAAUGAUAAACACAAAGUGCCAUUGGAACACAGGACUGAUGGUUGCUGAUAAUGGGCCUCUGUACGCCUAUGUAGAUAUUCCAUAAAAAAUCAGCCGGUUCCAGCUACAAUAGCCAUUUACAACAUUAACAAUGUCUACACUGUAUUUCUGAUCAAUUUGAUGUUAUUUUAAUGGACAAAAAAAAUCGCUUUUCUUUCGAAAACAAGGAUAUUUCUAAGUGACCCCAAACUUUUGAACGGUAGUGUAUGUUUCUAUAUAUGUACAGCUACCUGCCAAAAUAAAGGAAACACCAACAUAAAGUGGUCUUACUGGGGCGUAGCGCCACCAUGAGCCUGAACAGCUUCACUGCACCUUGGCAUAGAUUCUAUAAGUGUCGAACACUAUUUUGCGACACCAUUCUUCCACGAGAUAUUCCAUCAUUUGGUGUUUUGUUGAUGGUUUGAUGGCGGUUGGGUUGAGAUCUGGUGACUGAGACACACACACACUUUUAAACCCCCUUAUGCUCCUUUGAGACCCCUCUAUCAAAGUCACUGAGAACUUCUUUUAGCCAUGGUAGCCAAAAUAAUGGGCAACUGGGCAUUUUUAUACAUGACCCUAAACCAGCCAGGUCACCCGUGAUACAAGUCAGUAUUCGACGUCCAUCCAUGUCUGAGGACAUCGGGAGAUGACGUGGAAACCGGCCACUAGGGGCAACAGUGAGCCCUGUUACUUUCAAGUAGGCUAAGCAUCUACCUCCGGUUGCAAAGGUUGCAUGUUCGAAUCCAGCGAUAGAAAGUCGUUUUGGAUAUUUUUUGUUUUAAGCCUAUCCCAAACCUUAACCCUUACCGUAACCAUUCGGAGUUAAUGCCUAACCUUAAGAAUUCGCAGUUGAUGCCUAACCUUAAGAAUUCGCAGUUGAUGCCUAAAUUUAACCUUGUAAUGAUAAAGAGAAGAACACUUGUUGGAGAAACAUGGAUGAACGUCUAAUUCUGACGUGAGACUGUGAGAUCAUGUUGUCCUAAGCAUGAUGGUUAAUUGCUUAAUUAACUCAGGAACCACACCUGCUUUCAAUAUACUUUGCAUCCCUCAUCUACUCAAGUGUUUCAUUUAUUUUGUCAGUUAUAUGUACAGUGUGUAUGUAUGUAACAUGUGUGUGUGUGUGUCUGACAGGAAUCGGCUGAGCUUAUCGAUAGGAACUUCAUGUUGAACGAGGAGUUUGAUGACAACAAGAUGCGGAGCGUCACCGACCCGAUACGCCGCCUCAAAUACAAGGUGGAGAAGAAGAAGAAGAAGAAGAGGUGGUGGGGGUGGGGGGGUGGUGGAGGAGAGGAGGAGGGGGAGGAGGAGGAGGAUGAGGAGGAGGAGGAGGAGAAAAAGGGGGAU